AUGGCCACUACCACCUCACUCCUCCACACCGCACUACAGAACCUGCACGUCGCCCAGCAGGUAGCGCAUCCUUCUCACACUCCACGCCCGCCCUCGAGCGCCUCGUCUUCAAGGCGCCGCUCCGCUGAAUCAGAGGACGACGAUGACAAUGAACUUGUCACUGUCGGAUUCGGCACUGCCCCUGGCACUCCCAUCCCAGGCAAGGGUAUGGUCCUCGGUCAGCGCAUCAAGACCCUCAACAGCAAGGACCCGCUCCGCCUCCUGCCAACCCACAUUGCCGUGCGCAUCUUCAUCCAACUCGACAUCCGAAGCUUGGCACGCUGUGACCGUGUCUGCAAGAGAUGGCAGAAAUCGAGCACUCUCAACUAUGUAUGGUUCCUUCAGAACCGUGCCCUCACGCUGCCAUCCCUCUCCAACAUGCUGCAGGGCAAGAACCGCAAAGUAGACGAUGGACCCGAGUUCUUUGAUCCAUACGACAAGACGCCGCGCCUCUCGGCCCUCCCCGCCGUCCCCGUGCCAGCCUCGACGGCGCCGCAAUGGUCCAAGGCCGAAAGCAAGCGCGCGUGGAAGUCGGUGUUCCACACCACCCUUGCCCGUUCCGACCCUUCGCGUACAGAGGACGACGACGACCAUCCUUACCGUGUCAAAAUCGACUCGCUCCAGAGUUCCGGCUACUCUACGCCCUCGCGGCACCAGCACGCCGGUCUCGGAUCCGGAAACGCCCAACGCUGGAACGACGGUCCCACCGGAGCCUCGGGCUCGCUCACGCCGUCUGAACGCAAACUCGCUGCCCGCGAAGGAUACAAGGCAAUGGGCGGCCGCAAGGCCCGCACCAAGCGCAAAAUGGGCGGCGAGUUUGGCGCGAGGGAUAAAGGCGGCGCGUCCCAGAUCGACGGCGAGGACCAGAGGUUCACUUGUCCGUUCUAG